UUCAGACACUCCCUGCAGUGGCGAUAGCCCGACCUGUCCUUCAGCCUCGGACUUCUGGCGGGUUCUUUCCUGGUGUUAGCCCAGUGCUACUGGGAAAGGAGGCAGUGGUGAGGCUCUAACUUGCAGUGACUCGCACCGUGCUGGGAAAGUCAUGUCGGAGCAGCAACGGCAAGGCGCCGAGCGCGACCUCUACCGGGACACGUGGGUGCGCUACCUGGGCUAUGCUAAUGAGGUGGGGGAGGCUUUCCGCUCCCUGGUGCCCAAAGCUGUGGUGUGGCUGAGCUACGGCGUGUCCAGCUCCUACGUGCUUGCUGAUGCCAUAGACAAAGGCAAGAAGGCAGGAGAGGUGCCAAGCCCUGAAGAUGGCCGCGGCACCAGAGUGACCCUGGCUGUGGUCGACACCUUUGUGUGGCAGUCUCUGGCCUCCGUGGCUAUCCCAGGCUUCACUAUCAACCGUCUGUGUGCUGCCUCUCUCUAUGUCCUGGGUUCUAUGACCCGCUGGCCCCUGACUGUCCGCAAAUGGACCACCACCACACUUGGGCUGCUGGCCAUCCCUGUCAUCGUCCACCCCAUUGACAGGUCAGUAGACUUCCUCCUGGAUUCCAGCCUGCGUAAACUGUACCCAUCGGGGAAGCCCAGUUCCUCCUGACCCUGUCCUGUGCCCUGCCCAUGACUGGCCCGCUCACAUCAGGGAAUGUGGACACUUGGCUGUUCGGUGUCCAUGACACUGGCAUCCAAGCGGGUUCAAACUAAUGACGCUUAGAGACAAAAGCCUUGACGAAUGUUAGCUGCAGUGAGUCCCAGAGGUGGGACCUGACCCUGUGGUUGUACUGAGUGGGAGUGGAUGCUGACUGGGCAUGUGUUCUGGAAUAUUUUUUAAGUAUUUAUUUUAUGUGUCUAAGUUUUAGCUGCAUGUAUGUAUGUUUGUGCACCACCCUUGAAGGGUUAAAGAGGUCACUGGACCACCUGAAACUGGAAUUAGGGAUGAAUGUGAGCCACAGUGUGGGUGCUGGAAACUGAAACUGGUUUCUUUGCAAGAGCAGCCAGUGUGCCUAACCACGGAAAUACCUCUCAGCCUCUAGACCUGUCUUCUGAUGGAAAAGUUAGACCCUCCCAUGGAGGAGAAGGUCACUAAAGCCCAGAGAGGGCACAGGAUACUCCUAAAGUCAUGGACAGCUGAGGACCAGGCUGUCCAGCUGCUCUAAGUCACUUUGUAGUAAUGUGGCUGAGUGACUUAGGGAAGAGCACAGAGCUGCAGCAUUUGGGACACUCAGGAUAGAGUCUCUGGCCAGCCCAUCCCCGCUGCAGAGCUGUUAGGGUCUGGUUGGGAGGCAAGACAAUCAUACACCAAGUGCUAGCCCAAUAAACCCUUAAACAAUGGUA